AUGGAAUAUUCAGAUCGCAUUGGUUGGCUCGAAAUAUGCACUAGCAAGGAUUCUAGACUGGCUAUCCACGACAAGGGCCGUUUACAUCUUGUAAUUGAUGAACUUGCACAGCCAGAGUAUCAAUAUCCAAGCUUAUGCGCUUUUCUUGGGAAUAAAGAGAAGGAUCUGGCCCUCCAACAACUCUACCCACAGAACAACAUCAGAAGAUACAGCUCGGGUUCAGGCAUUCGGCUAAGACCUGAUAAUAUGUCGCUGAACUCAACUCGUCCUAUGCUAUUUGUGGAUGGAGACGUGCAUCAACCUCGACCUUUCCCAAAUACUAGCUCUGAAGCCACUCUCGGAACUCCUGUGAUGUGGGAGUGUUGCUCUGCGCAAACCCUUUUAAUCGCUGUGUGGGCGCGGUUGGUUUUCCUCUUUACUGACGUUAUCUGUAUUUUCAGUGACGACGUCGGUGGUCUAAGCGGCGUUGCAAACUUUCUCGUUGCUUGUAUUAGGAUACAAUCGGCAUCAUCCUUCCCUACUGCUGUUCGCCCACGAGUUGUCGUCGCACUUACAGUACGGCCGGAAGAUAUGGACGAACACCACUUGCAGAUAGACCUAUUCUAUGAUCAAUUGCAUAGCUCGGGCGGCAAGUCUUCAAGCGAAUCAUUUUCAGGCAUUACCUUCGUCCAUUUAGAUGAAAGCCUUUCCCCGACCGCUCGGUUUGAGAGACUACGGGCUCUUAUAAAGGGCCAAACACAGGAUAUGACUGUGUUAUACAGUGACAAUAGUGCGCUUGCUUCAGCCACUCAGCUGGUUGCACUUUUUGGCUCGGCUUUCCAGCAUUUGAUAAAGACUGUUCAUGAUCGGUUCAACUUCGUUGAGGCAACCAGGGUCAACAACAGGGUCUCUCAGGCUGUUGGUACUAACAUAGCACAUUAUUACAGGGCAGGAAAAACUGCAGGCUUUCAGGGAGAGGAAAUAGCGCCUGUUAUUGCUGCAGCCCUAUUGAUGGACCAUUAUGUCCCAGAGAUGUUAGCCCUGCCGCCCAGAAUGGUUUUUCGCACGUUGUACAAAGAAAUGUUACUGGUAACCCUGCAAAGGGAGGUACACUGGCCCCAGAGCUCUGCCGAGGAGGCCACCGAUCAAACCGAAUGCCAGCUUAUCACUAUUUUUGACGAAAUGGUACGCAGCAACACAUCCUCUGUGGAGCUACGAAAACAGCAACUUGUCUCCCAACACGGCCGCCUUUGCCGCAUAAGAUCAAACAAUAUUUGCCUCUACUGCAUAUUACGCGUGGCUCAGCAUACACUGGGUUGUGGCCACACGAUCUGCGACACCUGCGCUCAGAUAUUUGGGGCUCCGGUCCCUUCCUAUGAGUACCGUUUUGAGAUUUCCUGUUGCCUUCAUUGUCUUUAUCGCAGGCCGCUGAUAAUUGAUGUGCUCCCACCCACUAUGUCCCCUUCUAUCCUAGCCAUUGACGGAGGUGGAGUGCGAGGAGUCAUCCCUCUGGAGUUCUUGCUCCUGAUUCAAGAGCAUUUGGGCCCAUGUCAGAUCCAAGAUGUUUUUGAUUUGGGAAUUGGAACAAGCUCAGGUGGCCAUAUAAUUCUAGGCUUAUUUGCUAUGUUUUGGAACAUCCCAGACUGCUCUGUGAAAUUUGAAAAGCUAGCCAAGCAUAUUUUCCGCGAGAGGCGUCAAGCGCCUCUUCCUUGGCUCUUUCGCAUACUCAUGAGCCGCCUGCCCGUUUUAGGGAAUGUUUCGAAAUGGGUUCUAUGGCUUCUUUACGACAGUUGCUACGAUUCCAGGGUAUUCGAGUCGACUUUAAGGGUGGCAUUUCAUAGAAACGAGAGCCUAUUUGGGCCAUUUGCAACAUCCGGUGGACCACUAUUCUCUGGCGCUAAAUUUGGGGUAACAGCAACGAGUAUAUCUAGGAACACCCACGCUUUCAUCAUGGGUAAUUUCAAUAUCGUUCGGGGUGCGGGAGAUGUCAACGGCUAUGAAGUUCUAAGGCCAGAAAAUGUGAAAAAUGAGCCAAUGGUUUGGCAAGCUUUUUUUACACCUGUUGAUCUUGAGGGAAUAGGUUCCUUUCAGGAUGGCGGACUCCGGCACAAUUUUACAGGUGCUAUCGCUAGCCAAUUAUCUCGCCAAAUAUGGCCCUCGCGUGGGGAUCCUGCUCGCCUAUUAUCAUUAGGGACUGGGAUCACAGAGAGUGGGCACGACAGCACACCGCACUUUCGCCAUAUAUUUUCAGACGGAUUUUUGCGACGUGGCUUUGAUGCAUGGAUGGCUUCUAUGGAUACAGAGCAGCAAUGGCAUAGAAUGAGAAAUCAGUUGAGUGAGGCUAGUCGGCCUGACCAUUUUCGAUUUAAUGUGCCGUUGGGGGCUAUUCCGAGCCCCAUCGAUGCAGUUGCGAUGAUUAACACCUAUCGAGACUUGGUGCUUCUCCAGCCGGGGAGUGCCCGAAUGGCCCGAGAGGCGGCAUCCGCGCUUCUAGCUUCACGAUUUUAUUUUGAGCUAACGGACUCACCGCCGAAAGUUGUCGGUCCGUUUUGGUGCCAUGGCGUCAUUCGUUGCAAGGGUCAGGCCAAGGAUGUGAUACAAGCGCUGCGCCACCUCUACCCACAAGGACUAGACCUAACAAUAGAAUUGAGAAAAGUAGGGAAUUUUGGAUCAAUGCGAGACAUUUGUGCCGAGUGCGGAUGUUUUGGUCGUCCUGUUAUCUUUCUUGUGCGUCAUUUACAAGAGAUCAUUGAUAUUCGGAUACGUCCCCCUCCCCAUGGCGGUUGGAGAAUCAACGGCUUCCCAGCAAAUAUGGCGACAUUUGCAAUGAAGCAGUCACUUCCAUCACCAUUUGGGCGUGUUGAUCAUGGUUAUUUGAACAGAGCAUCAUGUAUAAAUUGCAUUUCGCAUGAAAGCUCGUGCCGAACCCGAGGAACCCGGCGCAAGCGUGGGUCAGGAACAUUGAGCUCACGGGAGGAAAAGCCGAAAAGGCUGCGCUCAGACCUCGACAUAGGACAGCAAACCUAA